UAUUGUUUUUUUAAACAACGGCACCGAUAGUGCCCGUUUCACCAGACAGUGCCCGUCUCGUCUCCUCCCAUGGCCGCGGGGCGCGCGCCGCACCUUCUCUUCCUCCUCGUCUUCAUCGACCUCGCCUCCCUCCUCCCCACGUCGCAGGGGCAGCCGCCGGUCACGGUGGGGCUCAUCAUCGACGCUGGAUCGCCGGUCGGCAGGAUAGCCACGACCACAAUACCGAUGGCGCUCGACGACUUCUACGCCGCCUACCCCAACUCCUCCGCGCGUGUCCGGGUCCUGACGCAUGACUCCGGCGGCGACGUCGUCGCCGCCGCGUCGGCCGCGCUGCAGCUGAUGACGAGACAGGGGGCGCGCGUCAUCCUGGGACCGCAGUCGUCCGUCGAGUCAGCGUUCGUUGCCGACCUCGCCACGCGCGCUGAGGUGCCCGUCGUGUCCUUCUCGGCGACGAGCCCCUCGGUGUCCCCCUCGGCGGCGCGGUUUUUCGUCCGCGCCGCGCUGAGCGACGCGGCGCAAGCGGGCGCCAUCGCCGCGCUCGCCACCUACUUCGGCUGGCGUCGCGUCGUUCCCAUCUACCAGGAUGACGACUACGGCGCCGCCUUCGUGCCGUUCCUAGUCGACGCGCUCACGGCGGCCCGCGCCGAGGUCCCCUAUCGCUGCGCGCUGCCUGCCGCUGCGUCCAAGGACGCCGUCGCCGCCGCGAUGUACCAACUGGAGUCCGAGCAGACGCGCACCUUCGUGGUGCACACGCGCCCGGCCCUCGCGGCACUCGUGUUCGCCGCCGCCGUGGAGGCCGGGAUGAUGGCGGAGGGCUACGCGUGGGUCAUCACCGACGGGCUCACCGGCCUCCUCGGAUCAAUCCACCCGCCGCAGGGCGUCAUUGGGCUCGUGCCCCACGUGCCGGCCUCGCCGCAGCUGCGCGACGUCCGGAGGCGGUGGGCGCACAAGUUCUUGGGCGAUCACCGGGACGCUGAACCAGCAGAAGCCGAGAUGGGCUGCUACGCGCUGUGGGCUUACGACGCCGCAUGGGCCGUCGCGUCUGCGGCAGGGCGUCUGAGCCGCGGCGACUUGUCUGCACCGCCGGGGCUCGUCGGAGGAAAGAGCGGCCCCACUGACUUCGCCGGGCUUGGCAAGUCAAGGUCCGGGGAGAAGUUUCUAGUAGCAAUAAACAACACGAAAUUCGAGGGCCUCGGCGGCAAGUUCGAGCUCGUCCACGGCGAGCUCGCAGUGUCGGCCUUCCGCGUUGUCAACAUCAUGGACAACGCCAAGGAGCGGGCUAUUGGGUUCUGGACUCCGCAGGACGGGCUGCAUCGGCAUCUGGGACGCGGCGCGAGCGCGUCGAACAGAGGGCUCGCGCCGGUGAUCUGGCCGGGCGAGUCGACCGUCCUGCCGACCGGUUGGACACAGCCGACGAGCGGGAGGAAGCUGCAGGUGGCGGUGCCGGGCCCCGUGGACCCCGGCUACUGGCCGAUCAUGCACCUGGAACUGGACCCCGCGACGAACCGCACGGUGGCCGGCGGGUUCGUCAUCGAGGUGUUCGAGGCGGCGGUGCGGCUGCUCCCGUACGCGCUGCCGUUCGAGUACGUGCUCGUGCCCUCCAUGCCCUACGAUAAUCUGGUCGAGAAGGUCGGUCUCGGGGCGUACGACGCGGCGGUGGCGGACAUCACCAUCACGGCGGACCGGUCGCGGCACGUGGACUUCACGCUGCCGUACAUGUCCUCCGGCAUCUCCAUGGUGGUGCCGAUGCGCGACCAGCGCAGCAAGCACGCCUGGGUCUUCCUCAAUCCGCUCAGCUACGACCUCUGGCUCGUCAGCUUCGUCUUCUUCAUUUUCACCGGCUUCGCCGUCUGGGUCCUCGAGCACCGCAUCAACGACGAGUUCCGGGGCCCCCCGUCAAACCAGAUCGGCACCCUCCUAUACUUCGGCUUUUCCACCCUCGUUUUCGCACACAGGGAGAACCUGAAGAGCAAUCUGGCGCGGUUCGCGGUGGUGGUGUGGGUGUUCGUGGUGCUCAUCCUGCAGUCGAGCUACACCGCGAGCCUGACGUCAAUGCUGACAGUGCCGCAGCUCGAGCCGGCGAUCGCGGACUACGGCGCGCUGUGGCAGAGCACGGAGAAGGUCGGCAUCAUGAACCACUCCUUCAUGCGGGCGGCCAUGACCAGGUCGGGCUUCCCGCAGUCCAGGCUAGUGCCCUACAGAGCCGCGCAGAGCUUCCACGAGGCGCUGCUCAACGGCACCAUCGGCGCCAUCGUCGACGAGACGCCCUACGUUAGGCUCUUCCUCAAGGCCUACUGCGACAACUUCACCACGACCGCCCAGACCAACAGGACCGGCGGCUUCGGCUUCGCGUUCCCGAAGGGGUCGCCGUACGUGGCGGACCUGUCGCGGGCGAUCCUGAACCUGACGGAGAGCGACGAGAUGAGCAACAUCGAGCGCAAGUGGUUUGGCGACGCCGAGGGCUGCGCGGAUCUGGGGAGCCAGUUCACGUCGGACAGCCUCAGCUUCGGCAGCUUCUGGGGCCUUUUCCUCAUCACCGGCGGCACCUCGCUCCUUUGCUGCGCCGUCCACCUGGCCACCUUCCUCGUGGCCAACCGGCACCGGAUCCAGAAGCUUGUGUCGACGUCGCACGGGUCCUGGCGGGACAGGCUCUGGAAGCUCCUGAAGCUCCUUGACGACAAGGACCUCUCGUCGCACACGUUCAGGAUUAAGGACUGCGGCGGCUCAGUGGCCGGCCGGAGCGCCAAUGAUGCAGCCGCCUCCCCCGCCGUCGUGCACAAUGCGUCCGGCAGCCCGGUCAGCGUGUCAAACCACACGCACAUGAUCGAGUGGUCGGUGGGGACGGCGAGCCCGGCGCCUGCAGGUGAGAUCGAGUUGGCUGCCGGCGGACAGGCCGAGGAGGAGGUGGAUGUAGCUCGCAAUCCAGACGGCUCCGGUGAUCAAAAUGGUAGAGGCCACCAGACCAGUAACUGAUCAAGUGCAAUUUCACGACUUCUUUGACUGCACUUGCAGGAAAUGGACAAUAACUGAUCGAUAA